UCGUCUGUCGACCAAGGAAAAGUUAUGGYAGCCCGUUAGUAAAGUCGGUUGCAUUUAAGGAAGAUGGAGUAAAACAACGAUAGGCGUUUGUGAAUUGAUAAUUUAGAGAUCUAUCUAGUAUUGGUCAUCGUUAUUUAACUUCAGAUCCUCAGGAACCUUACCAAAGUCGAUAGUUCUUGUCAUAACAGACCCUAGCAGCCGCCAUGUCGAGUUUGAGAACGAGCAAGAAGGAGACGACGAAAAUGAGAAUCCGGGCGUUCCCGAUGACUAUGGAUGAGAAGUAUGUGGAGGAUAUCUGGAAUCUUUUAAAAAAUGCCAUCCAAGAAAUUCAAAAGAAAAACAAUAGUGGCCUUAGUUUUGAAGAACUCUACAGAAACGCUUAUACUAUGGUGCUGCACAAACAUGGAGAAAGACUAUAUAAUGGUUUAAAGAUAGUAGUCACUGAGCACUUGGARGAGAAGAUUCGCAAGGAAGUAGUUGCAUCCUUGAGUAAUAAUUUUCUAGAUACUUUGAAUGCUGCCUGGAAUGAUCACCAGACGUCGAUGGUUAUGAUACGUGAUAUUCUUAUGUAUAUGGAUAGAGUCUAUGUACAGCAAAAUGGUGUUGAUAAUGUCUAUAAUUUAGGCCUGAUUCUCUUUAGAGACAAAGUUGUUCGAUAUGGUAAUAUCAGAGAUCAUCUUUGCCAAACUUUAUUGACACUAGUGCGAAAAGAACGCAAAGGCGAAGUAGUUGAUCGAAUGGCAAUAAGAAAUGCUUGUCAAAUGUUGAUGAUUCUGGGUAUUGACUCAAGAGUGGUCUACGAAGAGGAUUUUGAAUCACCAUUUCUAGAAGAAUCAGCUGAGUUUUAUAAGUUGGAAGGUCAAAAGUUUCUUGCAGAAAACAGUGCUUCAAUUUAUAUCCAAAAAGUUGAGCAAAGAAUAAAUGAAGAGUCUGAAAGAGCUAAACAUUACCUUGAUCCUAGCACAGAAGAAUCUAUUGUAAAGGUUGUAGAAGAAGAAUUAAUAAGAAAUCAUAUGAAAACUAUUGUAGAAAUGGAAAACUCUGGUGUAGUUCAUAUGCUAAAGCAUAACAAAAUUGACGAUUUGGCAAGAAUGUAUAGGCUAUUUUAUCGUGUGAAAGAUGGUCUUAAAACUAUCUGUGAAUGUAUGAGAGGAUAUCUCAGAGAACAAGGGAAAGCAAUCAUGGCAGAUGAGGACAAUGAAUGCUCUAAAAAUCCUAUUCCUUGUAUUCAAAAUCUACUGAGCCUUAAAGACAGAUUUGAUCAUUUUCUUCACAAUGGAUUCAACAAUAACAAAUUAUUUAAACAAGCUAUAGGAUCUGAAUUUGAACACUUCCUGAAUCUCAAUGGUAGAUCACCAGAGUUUUUGUCUCUCUUUAUUGACGACAAACUCAAGAAAGGAGUCAAGGGUUACUCUGAGCAAGAAGUUGAAAGUAUACUAGAUAAAUGCAUGGUCCUCUUCAGAUUUCUUCAGGAGAAGGAUGUAUUUGAGAGGUACUAUAAACAACACUUGGCCAAGAGAUUACUCCUACAAAAGAGUAUCUCUGACGAUUCAGAAAAAAAUAUGAUUUCCAAACUGAAGACUGAAUGUGGYUGUCAAUUCACUUCAAAGCUAGAAGGGAUGUUCAAGGAUAUGACAUUAUCCCAUUCAACCAAUGAAGAAUUUAGAUCUCAYGUAUCCAACAACCAGAUAAGUCUAAUGGGCAUAGAUUUAACUGUGCGUGUACUUACCACGGGAUUCUGGCCAACACAGUCUGGUAACCAUAAUUGUAACAUCCCACCUCAAGCUCAGCAUGCAUUUGACUGUUUUAGAAGGUUCUAUUUAGGAUGUCAUAGUGGAAGACAGCUUACACUUCAGCCUCAAUUAGGAACUGCUGAACUGUAUGCAAGUUUUCCACCUCUUAAAAAGGAGGAUACUCAAAUACGAAAGCACAUAUUCCAGGUUUCGUCAUAUCAAAUGUGUAUUCUAAUGCUGUUUAAUUCMAAGGAAAGACUGACCUAUGAGGAAAUAGCUCAAGACAGUUUAAUACCAGAGAGAGAUCUUAACAGAGCACUCCAGUCCUUUGCCUGUGGAAAGGCAACUCAAAGAGUUCUUAUCAAAGAGCCUAAAGGGAAGGAAAUGAAUCCUACUGAUGUAUUCUGUGUAAAUGAUCUAUUUACGUCAAAACUAUUUAGAGUGAAAAUUCAAACAGUUUUAGCAAAAGGUGAAUCAGAACCUGAAAGAAAGGAAACAAGAACAAAAGUUGAUGAAGACAGAAAGCAUGAAAUUGAAGCCGCAAUCGUCCGAGUAAUGAAGGCAAGAAAGAAAAGACCACACAACUUAUUAGUCGCAGAGGUGACUGAGCAACUAAGAGCACGUUUCCUGCCCAGUCCACAAAUCAUCAAGAAAAGAAUAGAAGGGCUUAUAGAAAGAGAAUAUCUAACACGAACUCCUGAAGACAGGAAAGUCUAUUUAUACGUAGCAUAAUAAAGUGGACUGAAUGACGUSUCAUUGCCAUCUUUCUCCAUGAGCUUUACAAGUUUGAAAGAUUGUCUUCGGCUCCUGACUGCUCCAGACGCCACUGAGUGGAGUAAAGAAAAAUGAAAUGAAUGAAAUAUGGAAUUAGGAUUGGAAGUAUAGACUUACAAAUGUAGUUAUCAGAUAUCCUUAUAGAAGUUGACGAACAGAAGAUCAAUGCCACUGACACCAUAGUACUACCCCCUGUCAYAGACCGUAUCUGGAAAUCGUCKUUCUAGGAGCWAGGACUUGUGGGAGCUUUUAGAUUUGUUUCUUAUUACUGCGGAGUGCAAWUACUAAAUCGUGAAUUAGAUUUUAUUCCRUUUCUUUCUGAUUAACAAGCGUCACAUCCGGGAAAGUCGAAAUGUCACGUAGAUUUUCAACUGUAAAUUCUCGCAAUCAACAUGUUCAAUGUUAUCAGCAGUAAUGAAAAAAAAGUUUAAAAGUGACACUCAAGAUAAACCAAUCGAUGCAGAGAACAUUUUGAAGCUGUUAUUCCUUACAGAGAUAUUGUGGAUGCCUUACUAUCUGUUGUUGUUUAUUCUACUUUUCCCCAAUUUUUUGCUUGUAAAUAUGUUUUUCCAGAGUUAUUAAAUUACAUUUUUAAGAGGUUUUCGUUCUAUGAAAAAGACAAAUUUCUGCUUCAAGUGCACUUGUAAAAGCGAUGUCUGUACACUUUAAAUAAAUAUUCUAAAACCUUG